UAUUGAUCCAAAGCAUUAAUAAGCGGUAUUCAUUUUCUCAUGACCAGAAACAGCUCCAGAAACCAUGACUGUCAACUGUCAACCUCCAACUGCUCACUCUUCCGUCUAGUUAGACUGCACCUGCCCCUCGAUCAUUGUAUCGGUGUUGAUCGGCAGCAACUAUUAUAAUAGCUAGGAUGAGGACAUCGAGAAGAGAGAGGAUAUCCAGGGGUAGUCGACGCAAUCUAGUGGAUGAUAAAGACAAACUAGAAGAGGUGCUCGAUAGCAACGGUGAUGUGAAGCGGGUGGCAGACCUAACCUUCGAUCACGGGAUCCUGGGGAAGGGGUCCUAUGGCACUGUCCGUUUGGCCAGGAGACCCGUCAGAAGUAGAAAACAAGUGGAUCCGCCGUCAGAACCUCCUCCUCCAAGCAACAUGUUGCUGAAGAGUGCCUCUGUUCGAAACCUGCUCAGUGUAGCCAAGGAUAUCAUGGGCAUGUCUCGAAGGUUACUGAACGUGACCAACGACGAUGACGAGCAAGAGGAAGAAGAACUGGUUGCCGUGAAAAUAUUCCGAAAAUCCACCCUGAAAAGAACCAAAUCCUUCGAGCGAAGCAAAGCAUCCAGGAGGAUGCUCGUCAAGACGGCAUGGAUGAACGUUGAACGGGAAAUCGCAAUAUGCAAAAAGCUGUCACAUCCCAACCUCGUCAAGCUGCAUGAGGUGCUGUCACCAGAGUCCGACAUGUUAUACAUGGUUCUCGAAUACUGUCAGCUGGGGGAAAUUUUGACAUUUCAAACACAAGACAAAAUGUUCCGCCGAGAAGGCUCCACGGAGGGCAUGAACAUGGUCGAUGGACAUUUCCAGCCAGAUACUGCCGCGCUCUUUAUGGUCGACAUUCUACACGGCCUGGCCUACUUACACGACAAUCAUAUUGCUCACAGAGACUUGAAACCUGAAAAUAUUUUAAUCUCUCAAACUCCAGCUGGAGUGCCCAUUGCAAAGCUAAGUGACUUUGGGGUAGCACACAUGUUCGAGAACCAAGAACAGUCAUCUUGCAAUGCAGACGAUGCAGCGCUAUCGCCACAAGAAUUGGUGCACAAGUAUUCCCAGCGAGCUCUAAGCAACGUUUCGAAUUGCCAAGACACUGUGACCAGUACUGAGGGUACCAUGGUAUUUUGGUCUCCUGAAAUGUGUCAAGGCCGAAAAGAAUUCUCAGCCUUUUCAGCCGAUGUUUGGGCUGCCGGUGUUUGCUUUUAUAUUUUUGUUUCUGGCCGGUUACCCUUCUUUGAUGAGCUCGAGAUUGAUUUGAUUGAAAAAAUUGCAAAUUCGGAUGUUCCCCUGGAUAGUCUUGGUGGGGUGUGCGACUCGCUCAUGUCUCUUUUGAGAACGGUGCUCAACCCGGACCCGACAAAGCGCGCCACGGUGGGCGACUGCUUGCAGCAUCCCUUCCUCAAAGAGGCCAGUGCCGCCCGAAUGCUGCAUCUAUCUAACAAGUGCGAAAAGGGGAGUGCCUGAGUACCGUACGUUCACUAGCUACAGUACACGGAAGGAAAGGGAAGACUUCAAACUGACGACGGAGACGAAAGGCAGCAGGAUUGCAGUUUGGGUUAGGGGACUUGGAUUGUCUGCUUUUCUGGCUUUUCCCCAUUUACAGUAGUAUUCGACAGCUCUCGUUAGACGUCAUGUGAACACUAGAUAGUAUAUUGUUUUUUAUGGAAAAGCCCCGUACAUGUGCUUCAGUGCGACAACGUUGACGACAAACGAUUCCAGCUAGAUAAGCUCUAGCUAGCCAGCUCCUCUUGUCCACAAUCUCUGGCUGGUGUAGCCAAACUUUGAGUUCUGUAUGCGUCCGGAGCGGUCUACGGUUUAAUAAAUUGCAG